CACAAAACCAAACACACAGCUUCGUCCUGACGCUGCUCACCAACGACGUCUCCUCGUCAACUAGGAUUCCGCUGGAAUCUUAGGUUCCGGAUGUGCAGUGCUCGGAUCUGGGACGAUUGUCUCAAUUCGACCUCAUGACCCGCAACAAUUUGGGGGAGCAUCUGGGCUGGCUGCUAAACACCAUCAAGCGAUCACCAACCACGGCGCCCCAACUGCCCGCCGCCUCAGACUCGCUCAGCCAUGCUCCUCCUUCCGUCUCAACAUCCGUCCCAUCCUCGACGUCCAACAACUUGGAUUCUCAGCCAAGUCGAGCCACCCAUCCCGCCAACUUUCCGGGCUCUACCUCGACCUCCAUUUCCACCUCCCAUCCGCCGCCUGUGUCUACCACCGGGUUGAGACCGUUGACGAAUCCUACUAAGAGCUCUACUUCGACUUCUUCGGCUCUCACUUCACACUCCCAUCCACCCCCGCUUCCUACCGUCUCGCGGCGGUCUGCAAAUUCCACCUUCACCCCCAACUCUGGUCCACUUCCACAUACCACCGCGAAACGGGAGUUGACGAAUUCCGCAUCCGGGAAGCGAGAGGGACUGGAUCAUCUUUCUUCGAAACAUUCUUCCAAUCGACCGACUUUACUUUGCAAGCAGCAAUUUUUACCUACCCCGGCCUCCACAACCGGCACAACCCCAAUUGGCCCUUUGCAACGCGCGUACUCGGCAUCGCUCGCUCAUGCAUCGCCAUCCAAUACGGUUCGAUCACGAAAACCAUUGCUUUCCCCGAUCCCAGACACCGGUGACCCCCGGAACGCCCGCUCGACGACUCAGUCGAUUGGUUUCGUUGACGUGGAUGAUGACCUUUUUUCGGACACCCUCGACCUAACAGAUUUUGAGAACCAGGACGGUUCCAGCUCAGUCUUGGAAUUUGGCGAGGAAAAAAGGUUGUGGCGUGAGGAUUUUGCUGAGCGCCCCGAGCCCGUCUCCAGUCGCGCUAAGAGGUUGAGGAUGGACGACAUGUCGCAGACACCGAGUGUGGUCAGGAAACAGGGGCCGGCCAACGAGGAAGAUGAAUACCCGGAUAUCGACGACCUUGUCCCCCCUUCGUCGGUUCUGAGGUCCGUCGCCAAACACCGGCCGAAACCCAUCUCUGUGGUGGCAGAAAGUCCCUGCCCGCAGCCCGUGACGAGAUUGGCCUCCCAGGAUAACAAUACGACUGAAAUGGAACCGGCCAGCAGCAUGAGUUGGGAUGCGGGCAGUGGUAUUCAAGCGGUGGACUCGGCUUUGCCUCGCGCCCCCUUUGAGAGUUCUCCUCCAUCAAUGCCGGCCGAGACAUCACCGGAUUUUGUCACAUCCAGCCGGAAGCGCAAGACACCCUCGUCACCUAGUCCCAACCACGACGAAUCCUUUGACGUAGGGCCUACACCUCCCACCCAAAGCAACAAGAAGCCGAAGACAAGGGGUGACACUGUUCUGGAUUCGGAGGACGACCUGAUUGCACCGUCAAUGCAUCAAUCAACUGUGGAUGACUGCCGAAGCAGCCCUGACCCGGUUAGCAGCCAUCAGCCCCCCGACGAGGACCAACAGAUGGAGGUCGAAACGCCGCCCAGCGUAUCGCCCCAGUUGGAGGAUCCUUCUCCCCGUACUCAGAAGGACGGCAUGGGGGAGGAACCCCCUAGCGACCCCAUCGAAGAGGUUCGCUCCGAUGAAGCAAUGCCGUCCCAAGAUACCCUGCCCAAGCAAAAUUCGCAAGGCUCGCGUGAUUCAAACAUCGGACGGAAUAAACACUUGUUUCAUCUGUUCCUUGAACGCCCAUCUGUAUUGGACAGCAAGAUCAUUUUCUUUGAGGACCAGCUGCGCAAGAACAAGGAGGCAUACACCAACUGUCUUCGUGAGAACGCACCAAGGGAAGACCGAGCACGGGUGCGGGAUGCUCGGAACGCGCUGGUGCAGAAGCGGAAGGCUUUGGACGCCAUCAAAGCCGAACACGAAAGCUAUAUGGAGCUCAGCAACAAGAGGGAGGGAUUGUUGGUAGAGCUGGGGAAUGCAUUUGCCGACGGAAUCGACACCAUGGAGGACGAAAUCCAGCUGGACAUGUUGUCAGAGGAGAUCGAAGCCAAGGAGACGGUACUUCUCGGCCAACUAGUCGCCGUGGGCAUUGACGACCUGGAUUUUCUCAAGGAUCCUAACGACUCCAUCGCGGCCCCGGACUCGCCCGCCACCCCUAUCGUCUUUGCCACACAACCAUCUCGCAAGCUCGGCCCGGCAGCGUUGUCAAAAAGGGAUACCAGCAUCCCCGAAUACAACUCCCAGGUUGUGCUGCAGACCCAACAACCAUCCCAGAGCCGAACCCAGGAGACAGCAGGCACCACGCUCGUGAACACGGGCACCCUGCCCUCCGUCCCAUCUUUCUCCCAGGCAUACAGCUCGACCAGGCCCAGCAACCCUCGCACAGACAACACAGACGAUCGGACCUGCAUAGAGAUACUCGAUGAUGACGACUUUGGGAAUGCCAUCAGUGGAGGUCAGAUGGACUUGGGCGGCUCUACUCUGGCCCCAACCUCUACUACAUUUCCCGCUGCCCAAUCUGCCCUGCCGCGGCCGAUGCCCACCAAGCCGGCUAGAACCCCCGGCAAAACUAUGAUGACGUUUGGUUCUGAUCAGUUUGACGACUGUAGUGACGAGGAGGAAAUGGUGGCAGCCGCGAAUAGCUUCGAGCAGCAACAACAACAAUCCAUGUCCAACACGGCCGCAUAUCCUACUCGUACCGAACUGUCCGAGUCGUCGGGGAAUGCCGUGCUGCCACCACCGCGGAAGCGGGCGGCCGCCCAGCCCGUGCUUUCUCAACAACCCAAGGGGUCCAUUGACCCGGAGCAGAUGAAAUACCCCUGGUCCUCCGAUGUCCGCCGAGUCUUGAAGGAUCGGUUCCGGAUGACGAGAUUUCGCCGCAACCAGCUCGAGGCCAUCAACGCUACCCUGGCCGGCAAAGACGCGUUUGUUCUGAUGCCCACUGGAGGUGGCAAAUCUCUUUGCUAUCAGCUUCCAGCCAUGGUCAACUCGGGCAAGACUCGUGGUGUCACGCUUGUCGUAUCCCCGCUGCUUAGUCUGAUGAACGAUCAGGUGGCCCAUCUGACACGCCUCAACAUCCUCGCUGCAACUUUCAACGGAACUAUCAACAACGCACUCCGCAACCACAUCCUGGGUGCUUUCCACCAGCCCUACCCAGAGCAUCACGUCCAGCUGCUCUACGUCACGCCCGAGAUGCUCACCAGCAGCCCCACCUUCCAAAAGGGGGUUCAAACCCUGUAUGAUAAAGGCAAGCUCGCCCGCAUUGUGAUCGACGAGGCCCAUUGUGUGAGCCAUUGGGGUCAUGAUUUCCGACCCGACUACAAGGCCCUGGGGACGUUUCGGGCUGCCUUCCCUGGCGUCCCAGCCAUGGCGCUGACGGCUACGGCUACUAAGAACGUCAUGGCCGACGUCAAGCACAACCUUAACAUGGAGAACUGCGAGGUCUUCACACAGAGCUUCAACCGCCCGAAUCUCUACUACGAAGUCAUUCCCAAGCAGGCGCGUUUCAUCGGGGGCAUGGGCAAGCUCAUCACUACCAAGUAUGGUGGGCAAUGCGGCAUCGUCUACUGCCUGUCCCGCAAAUCCGCCGAAGGCACGGCAACCACCCUUGUGACCAAGCACGGCAUAAAGGCUCGCUACUAUCACGCCCAGAUGGACCCCGAGGCCAAGAUCGAGGUUCAGGAGGGGUGGCAGCGGGGGGAAAUCCACGUUGUCGUCGCCACAAUUGCCUUCGGCAUGGGUAUCGACAAGCCAGAUGUCCGGUUCGUCAUCCAUCAGAAUAUGCCCAAGAGCCUGGAGGGUUACUACCAGGAAACUGGGCGUGCGGGUCGGGACGGGCUGCCUUCGGACUGCUAUCUUUACUUUGCCUACAGCGACAUCCCCACCCUGCGACGGAUGGUCAACGAGGAUAAGGACAAGCUGCCCGCGGAGAAGGAGCGGCAACAUAGCAUGAUCAAUCGCAUGGUGUCGUACUGCGAGAGCUCCUAUGCAUGCCGUCGGGUCCAAAUCCUUCGCUACUUCGACGAGGCCUUCGACGCGGAGGAGUGCGGCAACAUGUGCGACAAUUGCGUUACCGGACUGACGAACGGGGAACCCGUUCUCGAAGACUUCACCGAGUGUGCUGUGGCCCUCAUCACGGCCAUCCGGUCGCAAAAAAAGAUCACUUUGGGCAAGCUGGUCGAGGUCGUGACGGCGAGCAAAAAUGUUGGGAAACACCACGACAUCCCUGGAUUUGGAGUCUGCAAAGGCAUGAAAAACUACGAGGUGCAGCGGGUCGCCAUGGCCCUCCACGCCGAGGGCGCCCUGAAAGACCACCAGGAGACGUGCAUGAGCAACGGCAUCCCCGUUACCAACUACAAGGUAGGCACUAACCCCAUCGAAUACCUCAGGGAGGUGCGCCGGUUGCGCCUGGAGGUGAGGAGGCAGGAUUUGGUGCAGCCGCCGGCGAAGAAGAAGGGACGGGGCGCCAAAGCCAGCCAAGCAGCGUCGGAGGCCCUUGGCGGCGCACGGGGGAGGGGACCCCCGCCGUCCACCAAUAUCUCGUCGCCCGUCUCUGGGCUGUCGAGAGGGCGGAAGGGCAAAUCCGUUCUGGCGACAGCGGCGGAUGAGGAGGAUGGAGGCGACGAGGGCGACGCGCGGGACGACUUCGUGGGUUCCGACGAGGAAGCCGAAGCGGCCUUCUUCGACCCCCCGCCCUUCCCCCAACGCCCUCCGCCCCAGGGCCGGCAGCAGACACUGGACGAGUUGGGACCUCCCAUCUCGCGCGACCCCCGCCUGGACGAGGCCGGCCUGGACGACAUGCACCAGGACAUCGUCCAGGCGUUCGUCGAACGGGCGUACGAGAUGGAGGAAAGCCUCCGCAACAAGCACGGGCUCCGCCGCGCGCUCUUCACCGAGCAGCAGUACCGGGAGAUGGCCAUCCGGUGGACGACGACCGUCGCCCAGAUGUACACCAUCCGCGGGGUCGACAAGUCCAAGGUGGACUUAUACGGCGCUAAGUUCGCCACCCUCGUCCAGCAGUUCCGCCGCCGAUACCAGGAAAUGAUGGGCGGCACAGCCACCUCCUUCUCCGCGGCCGAGAUUGCGCCGAAGCGGCAGAAGAAGCGCGAGGUCGUCGACCUCAUUAGCGACGACGAAGACUACGCCGGCCGCCGCGCCCGCGGCCCCCGCUUCCCGCGCCGCGAUGACGCCCCGCCGGCAGCCGACGAGGAGGAGGAGGCGUACGACGAGGACCUCGACGGCGGCCGCGAUGACGACGAGGACCUCGAGGCCUCGCGCUACUUCGCCGACGGUACCGACCGGCCGCCGUCACCACCCCAGUCCGGGACCGCCGCCGUCGAACAGUGGCACAAGCGCUUCGAGGAGCUCAAGAAGAGCGACAAGGUGGCCAGGGCCUCGGAGGAGAACGAGGACGGCACCUGGACCCCCAACGCCCGCUGGCGGGGCGGAAAGCGGGGCAGCUCCGCCAGGGGCCGGAGCGGAAGGGGUAGCAGGGGCGGUCGGGGUGGUUUUUCGCGCGGCGGCGGCUCCUUCCCUCGGGCCAACUCGACGGGCGGCGUAGCCAAGCGUAGGGGCUCGGUUAGUCGACAGCUCGGGCGGGGCAGCGCGUCGGUGGGCAGCUCGCGGCGAGGGACCGGCAGCGCCAGCGGUGGCAUCCCCAAUAUGCCGUACUGA